AUGACCUCCCGCGAAGAUAGUGUCCUGGCCGCCAGAGACCCCUCCCUCACCGACGAAAACGACUGGGAAGAGUUCAGCCUGUCGGAAGUUCGAGUCCUGGUUCCGGGCAAAUCCCGCUAUGCGAAUCUGUUGACUGCCUCGCCGGAGAAUCCGGUCCAGGUGACGGGGUGUUUGGAUGAGGUGGAGGAGGAGCAGGAGAAAUUAGUGCUCGACCCAGAAUACUUGACGAAACGCAUCGUCCUCGAAAACGUCACCCACUUCGCCUACGGACAACAUAAUGACGGGGAAGUCGGGUUCUGGGUGGCUGGGAAGGCGGGCUGGUUCUCGAUAUCUCCGGCGAAGGGAUACAAGGCCAUCUUUAAUGAUGUGGUGGAGGCGAUUGAUUUGUUGUAUUUCCUGGCGGAUCGUCAUCAGUCCAAGAGGAGGAGGAAGAGAAGGAAUUGGAAUCCGAGUGUAGAGUAUUUGUGUGAGGAGUAUGUGAGCCAUACGCAUGGGAUCUGCGAGGAUGCGGAUGACUCUGCAGAGGUGUUUUAUAAACAUCAUGACUUUCUGCUGUCGAGGAUGUUGAAGGGUGAGGAGGAUGUGCAGUGGACCACUACGUGCAUUUUCGAGCAUCUGUGCGAGAAGUUUCCGGAUGAUUACGAGCAGAUUAAAGCGCAGUACGAAGGGGCGAAGGAGGUAGAGUCGGAGGAGGAAGAGGAAGAUGAACAAGAGGAAGACAAGGAAGAGGACGAGAAAGAGGACCAGGAUGAGGCGGAAGCACAACCGGAUACAUCUGGACUAUCGAAAGACCAGGCAGAUGCUAUUUACAAGGUCAUUCUCGACCUCAAAGAAGCAGGAUACCUGGCUAAGCGUCAAUUGACGUUCGAACUUCUAAUCAACACCCUCGUGGAGCGCUUCGCAAUCGACAGUACCGACUACGCGCACGACCUUGUCGGUGCACGGGCCGAAGCUAUUAUAGAGAUGAUGGACGAGGCGAAAACAUACAAUUUUGACUGGUCUCGCAAGGUCAUCUACCGCGAGCUCAAAGCCGCGGCCAAGAAAAACAGAGUUCAGCAAAUUACGCUCACGCCGCUGCGGCCUCGCCCGACCGAGGACGAUGAAUCGUCCGAAGAGAGUGAGCAUGAAGACCAUCCCCGACUGCGAAGACGUAGGGUCCACAAGUCGGUUUUGCGACCGAAGAGCUCUGUUGCCACGAAGCAGACCGGCAAACGAACACGAAGUGCAGUGGAUGACCAAGAUGACGACUCGGACAACGACGACGAUGCAAUGAACGAGUUUGAGACUCCGAGCAAAGUCCGCGGACAUGAUCUCGUUCGCGACCCGUUGUCGACCCGCGCGAAGCGCAGGACGCGGUCGCUUCUGUACGAUGCAACCCCCAUCCAAAAGACACCAUUGCAAGAGACGCUUCAGAGCCGGAACACGUCUGUUUCCGGAGCGGACCGUGAGACAAAUGCGGAUGCAUCAGAUUUGGAAGCCACCCAUGAGGAUGAUAUGAUGUCCGAUACUUGGACGUGUCAGGUUCGAGGCUGCGAAAAGGUUAUCCACAAGAGCAAUUCCAAACGUGGCAAGGAGCUGAUCCAGGAUCAUGCUUUGGCUCAUGCGGAUGACACUAAAGCGAAGAUCGAUCUUGUCUUUGCUGAACAGAGACUCAACAUUGGACUUCCUGUUGAUAAUCUCCUCAGUCGCAUCAGAGAGUUGGGCGCAUUUGAUACCGAGCAUCCGGUGGAUGGCGCCUUCACUAAUGGAGUGAAGACAUAA